AGAUUUGGAGAUGCAGCUUUCUAGUUUGUCGCCGCCGUACUUUUAUCGCCAAUAUCCGCUACUUGGACGGUCCACAGAGUGCGAAGCAGAGCAAAGCAGCGGCGCCGACCUCAGCAUUGCCACCGACUUGCGGUCUCCUCUCCCUCUUGUAAACCCUUAUUCGAACCCUAAUAUCUCUAUCAUUCGGAAUCCACGCUGAUCAGAACCCUAAUGACCCGAUCGGGCCAGGAAUCGGUGGAGGGCCGAGAAAGAUGACGAGGAAGUGCUCGCAUUGCAGUCACAACGGGCAUAACUCCCGCACGUGUCCGAAUCGCGGCGUGAAGCUCUUCGGCGUCCGGCUCACGGAUGGCUCGAUCCGGAAGAGCGCGAGUAUGGGGAAUCUAUCGCUGUUUGCUGGAUCCGCUGCCGGCGGGUCGCCUGCCGAUGGGCCGGAGAUAGCCGGAGCAGCGGGUGAUGGAUACGCGUCGGAGGAUUUUGUUCAGGGGUCAUCUUCCAGUUGCCGUGAAAGAAAGAGAGGGGUGCCAUGGACUGAAGAUGAGCACCGACUCUUUUUACUUGGUUUGCAAAAGCUUGGCAAAGGGGAUUGGCGAGGCAUAUCGCGCAACUAUGUAAUAACAAGAACACCAACUCAAGUGGCCAGUCAUGCACAGAAAUAUUUCAUACGCCAAACUAAUGCAAGUAGAAGGAAGCGAAGGACCAGUCUCUUUGAUAUUGUACCUGAUGAAACUAUAGAACCUCAGUUCUUUCCCAUGAACUUUCAAGAACCCGAAACACAAGCCGCCGCCGGCAGUUCUACUCCGGCAAAUCCGCUUCUCGAGGAGGAAUGCGAGUCGAUGGAUUCUAAUAAUUACGUGGAAGAAGAAACAACUGCCAUCAGGCCAGAAGUUUCAGAACCACAAUGCAGCCAUCCAAUCAUGUACCCAGCCUAUUUCUCGCCAUUCUUUUCCCUCACACUUCCUCGGCUUGGUUGCGCCGAAGCUACUGUGGAAGAACAGGUUCAUGAAAUUGUGAAGCCAACUCCUGUACAUUCUAAAUCUCCCAUCAAUGUGGAUGAACUUCUGGGCAUUUCAAAACUGAGCAUAGGAGAAUCUGGCUCUGAAGAAGCCACUCCAUCUAUCUCAGUAAAUUUACUUGGAGGAUCAAGCAGGCAUUCUGCAUUUCAUGCUAAUACUACUGCCUAUCAGAAAACAGCAUAAUGCCUUCAAAGUAAAGGUUUGCCCGGAUAUUCAAACAGUUGGCUUCCUUACUUAGGCUUUGUUUGGGAUGACUUUCUUCCUGCUUCUUAAAGCAGCUUUUUAGUACAAAAAAUUUAAUUUUUUGUACUAGAAAUCCACUUUAAGAAGCAGUAAGAAAGCCGUCCUAAAUGAAACCUUCAUGAAAUAAGAGUCGAUAUCAUUUCUGGCUAGUAUUUGUAUGUAUUAUGUUUUUUUUAUUUAGGGGAGGAUUUGAAAAAAUUGUGAAAGUUUGCCAACUUAUCAUCAAUUCUUUCAAGUCAUGGAUGCUCUCCUUGUAAUGUAGUAAUUUGUAUACUUUGGAACCAUAUAUAUUAUCUUCAGCUUUGUUAUGGGCUCUUUGUAUUAAGGGUCUCUUUUGUGUGAAUCA